UCAUGAUCGAUAUGUAAUUCGUGGUGUUGAAUGUUUAUGAACAAACUAUGGUAUAUAAAGGAAAGCAGCUUGGUAGUAAGUACAGAGUUCCAGUAUUGUGAUAUAUUCAGUGUAGUCCUCCUGUCAUACUUAGUAUAGAAAAUGUGGUCUACUGGUUUUAUUCUUUUGUGCUGUGCAUUAGUAUUAGUACAGGCGGCUGGAAAUUACAAGAGGAAAAAUGGAUAUAAUGGUUAUGUAGGAGGUUACAAUGGAUAUCAAGGGGGAAACGGUAACAAUGGUGGUGCUGGAUACACUGGCGGUAAUGGCUAUAAUGGCGGUGCAGGAUACAGAGGCGGAGCUGGAUACACAGGUGGGGCUGGUGGAUAUACAGGUGGAGCCGGUGGAUACACAGGUGGUGCCGGUGGAUAUACAAGUGGGACCGGUGGAUAUACAGGUGGAGCCGGUGGAUACACAGGUGGUGCCGGUGGAUACACAGGUGGAGCUGGUGGAUACACUGGAGGUCCUAGAGGAUACACUGGUGGUGCUGGUGGAUACACCGGAGGAGCUGGUGGAUACACAGGUGGAGCUGGUGGAUACACUGGUGGUGCUGGUGGAUACACCGGAGGAGCUGGUGGAUACACAGGUGGUGCUGGUGGAUACACUGGAGGAGCUGGUGGAUACACAGGUGGAGCUGGUGGAUACACUGGUGGUGCUGGUGGAUACACAGGUGGAGCUGGUGGAUACACAGGUGGAGCUGGUGGAUACACAGGUGGAGCUGGUGGAUACACCGGUGGUGCUGGUGGAUACACUGGUGGCGCAGGAUACCAAGGUGCUGGUGGAUAUACUGGUGGUAAUAGAGGAUAUACUGGCGGUAAUGGUGGAUAUACCGGUGGUUAUGCUGGAGAUGCUGAUAACGAAAAUGAAGGUACUGGAUACAAUGGUAGCGGAUACAACGGGAAAGGAGGAAACACAUAUGGGAAAAAACCAUACGCCAAACCCCAAAAACAAUACGGCAAACAACCAAAAGGAGGCUAUUAAGGAACCUGUCAACAAGAUGCAACCAGAUUGUCAACGACUAAAUUAUUUUUCUUUUGAAAAUUGUUGUUUAUACUAGUAUUAAAUUUUGCAUUGCUA